CACUGAGCGGAAGCAAAAGGAGCCGAACUUCAGAGACGGUUCAAAGUUGUGAAAGUUCUUUAACGGGUCUGUGUCGGACGGUUCUGGUGUCACGGACUGGUCCGGGUCAGAGCGGGUCGCUGUUAGCUCGGGGUCGUUUCCUUUAAAGAUGUCGAGCGGAGAGCGGAGGGGGGGCAGACAGGAGUUCCUGUACGACCUGCCCCCAGACCUCCUCUGGGAGUUCUGCCAGAUCAUGGACGGACUCACUGACAUGGACUGGACCCGCUUCGCCUCAGCAGUCCUCUGUGAUCAGAAAGCGUUGCGAUUGGCUGAGAGGCAGGAGAGGCGGACCGACUGGGUGAUGAACCAUUGGGGCAUCAGGAACGCUCGUGUUGGCGAGCUCAUCGACCUGUUGGAGCGUCUGCAGAUGCUCCGCCCCCGUGAUGUCAUCGUGACCUGGACGUCCAGUCUGACACCUCCUCCACCUGCACCUCCUCCUCCUCUUCCUCCUCUUCCUCCUCCUCCUCCUGAUGUGUUUGGGUCUAAGUUUGACCCUCCUCCCAAACCGGCCACGGCCUCGUCCACAUCAACAACCUGCGAACUGAACACACACACAGGUGAUGGAGGAGGAAGGCCACUCCCUGGACCUGCCCCGCCCCCCCAAAAUAUGAACAGCCAACCUGACAUCAUCCACCCACCGGCCCAGCCCCCCUCUGUGGUGGCGGAGUGCAGCAGCGGGGUGAUGUGCUGGUCCUAUGAAGAGGUGCAUGCUGGGACUGAGGGGUUCUCCCCCGCCUUGCAGGUGGGGGAGGGGGGCUUUGGGGUGGUGUACAGAGCAACUCUGAGGAGCAUCGACUGUGCCGUGAAGAGACUCAAACAGGACUGUCUGAUGGACUGGACUGUGCUCCGGGAGAGCUUCAAGACCGAGGUGGAGAAGCUGACCAAGUUCAGACAUCCUCACAUCGUGGAUCUGCUGGGUGUCAGUGAAGGUUGUGGAUCAGUGUGUCUCAUCUACAGUUACAUGGACAACAGAUCAUUGGAGGAUCAACUUCACAAUGAGUGUGUGUCUCUGUCCUGGUCUCAAAGGGUUUCUGUGGUUAAAGGAGCUUCGACAGCUCUGCAGUUUCUUCACUGCCCACCUGAAGGUCCAACACCGCUGAUCCACGGGGACGUCAAGAGCUCCAACAUCCUGUUGGACUGUCACCUGGUGGCGAAGCUGGCGGACUUCGGUCUGGCUCGGUUUGCAUCACACAGCUCAUCAGGACACUCGGCGGUUCAGACGGCAUCGGUCGGUAGAACGGCGACCGUGAGAGGAACGCUUGCAUACCUUCCUGAUGAGUAUGUAAGGAAAGGAGAGCUGGGGCCCGCCGUGGACGUCUACAGCUUUGGAGUGGUGUUGCUGGAGGUUCUGACGGGUCGACGAGCUCUGGAGACAGACAGGAAGUCACAGACAGGAGUGAGAUACCUGAAGGACCUGGUUGGGGACGUGGAGGAGAGCCCAGCUGGUUUGUCUGCAGCCUGGAGGAAACAUCUGGACCACCGGCUGACCACAGGUGGUGCUGCUGAACCUGCCGGGUUCAUGAAGAUGGUGGAUCUGGCCUGCAGGUGUCUGGACAAGAAGAGGAAGAGACCGUCCAUGACAAAGGUGUUGGACAGUCUUCAGGACAUCGACACCACAGUGAGGAGGGACGCUUCUCACCCUCUGGACUCCAGUGUGGGAGCUCUGUCCCAGCAGCUGUCCACACUGGGACCACUGGAUGACACUCACAAGCCCUCCAAGUCCUCCCAGUUCUCUUCCACCUCCUCCUUGUCCUCCUCUUCCUCCUUCUCCUCUUCCUCCUUCUCCUCUUCCUCCUCCUCUUUCUGUUCCCUCACCUCUCCUCACCCGCUGCACUCCUCCUCCUCCCUCCCCUCAGCCUCCUCUCUCCUCCCCGCCUCGUCCUCAUUGGUCGGUCCCUGUGAGACUGAUGAGAGUCGAGGUUUUUCCCAGUAUGACGUUCAGUCCCAGUUAAGGUCCAACGGGACCGGCUCCAGGUCUCUGUCCCCGAGCACCAGAAACCAGUACCAGAGUCCAGUUGGGCCCGUAGAGUCCCAGUUCAAUCAUCCUUCUGUCCCUACUGAGGACCAGUACAAUUUCCCUCCCCAGCCCAGCAGCACCAGUGACAGAUCUGGGGCCCAGGCCCUUACAGCGUCUCCCACUGGACCAGAAUCCCUCUCUCCUGUGGGCUCCCUGCGGUCAUCAUCCCCAGCAGUGUCAGUCCACAUGAAUCCCAGCAAACAGCGCUUCCUGCAGAAGAAGACUCUGUACGAGGAGGGCCGGAUCCAAACGCCAGAGCUGCUGUCGUCAGAUGACCUGUAUGGAGAGGGCGUCUCGGUGAACUGCAGAGGACCGGAGGAGAGCGACGAGCUGGACUUCCUUCCUUAAACACAACUGACCGCUCAGAGCGCCAUGAGACAGCGUCUGAAGAGAUGGACUGACCAGGUCAGAUACAGUCCUGAUGCCAUGUUUGUUAACUGAACCUUUGGCUCUGCGGGACUCUACAGACAUCUUCAGGACUCUGCAGAACUCUACAGACAUCGACAGGACCCUGCAGGACUCUACAGGACUCUGCAGAACUCUACAGGAAUCUACAGGACUCUGCAGACAUCUACAGGAAUCUACAGGACUCUGCAGGACUCUGCAGAACUCUACAGGACUCUACAGACAUCUUCAGGACUCUGCAGAACUCUACAGACAUCGACAGGACCCUGCAGGACUCUACAGGACUCUACAGGACUCUGCAGAACUCUACAGGACUCUACAGACAUCUGCAGGACUCUACAGACAUCUACAGGACUCUACAGACAUCUACAGGACUCUGCAGGACUCUGCAGACAUCUACAGACAUCUACAGGACUCUACAGACAUCUGCAGGACUCCACAGACAUCUACAGGACUCUACAGGACUCUGCAGGACUCUGCAGACAUCUACAGACAUCUACAGGACUCUACAGACAUCUACAGGACUCUACAGACAUCUUCAGGACUCUACAGACAUCUGCAGAACUCUACAGGACUCUGCAGAACUCUACAGACAUCUACAGGACUCUACAGACAUCUACAGGACUCUACGGACAUCUUCAGGACUCUACAGACAUCUACAGGACUCUGCAGAACUCUACAGACAUCUACAGGACUCUACAGACAUCUACAGGACUCUACAGGACUCUACAGGACUCUACAGGACUCUGCAGACAUCUACAGGAAUCUACAGGACUCUGCAGACAUCUACAGGACUCUGUAGACACUCGAUCCGUUAACUGUUUGGAGACAUUCCAGUUGAAUUCUUCCUCCAAAGAGGUUUGAGCACAAACAGUAAUUAUUCAUGUGUCGUUAACACGUUGCAAACAUUUUAACGACGCAUGUGGUCCACUUCAAACAGCUGAGUAUUGUGAGUCCUCAUUGGCUGAUAAACUGAACCUCUGAUUUGUUUGUCCUUAUCAUGUGAUCCAUUAGGCCUGUUACACACAUAUACAUACACACACGCACACACACAAAGCAGUCUGUCAUUAUUCAGUUUAUAGAGAGAUUAAACUCAAUGAUAUUUCUCGUCGCAUUAAAAAUCUGUCUUGUGAGAUUUGUGAGCUAUCUAAACUAUUUGUGACCUGUGGGGGCAGUAAUGCGCCUUUGCUACGUCUAGCCUGCCAGAACCUAAAUAAGGAGAAGGAAAAGAAGAAGAGGAGGAGAAGGAAAAGAAGAAGAGGAGGAGAAGGAGGGGAAGCAGCAAGCAGCCAGAAUGACGUCGGAAAAUACCGACCGAAAUACCGCCACUUUCAAAUCGUCUGGCAGCAUUUUGGGUACCCGGUGGAAAUGAUAAAUGGCAGUAGUGUGACUGAUAAGACACGGACAAUAUGCAAGCUUGACAGAGUAGAACUUUGAUUUGGUUUUGCACAUAAUAUUGUUUGCAAAAAGAAAGAAAUAUUAAAUUUUAUUUAUUUUAA